AUGGAUGUGUCGGUGACGGCCACGGGAGUGGAUGUGAGGGUGCAGAUUGACGAGGACGGCUCCGUGGUCUGUGCAGCACUGAGCGAUGUGACUGGAGCUUGCACCGCUGACAUCGAGCUCUUGUCAACAUCUUCAGGUGGACUUUGGGGGUGCAAGGUGACCCGCUCCAAUGUUCUCGAUGAACGAUCGAGGUGCAUCACCCGGAGCAGCAUGUGGGUGGACGACGGCUGCUCAGGGCGCUUUUGGCUGGAGGGUGCUGAGGUGGACUGUCAGAGCUCGGAGCUGGACACCACGAUCCACGACGCCGCCUUCGCCUCCGUGCUCUCCGUGGGCCACCGCCACGCCUGCGCGCUGCGGAAGGAGGACCGCGCGGCCGUCUGCUGGGGCAAAGCGGACUACAUCGAUCCGGUGACCUUCAGCGCGCCUGCGGGAAGCUUCAAGUCCAUCGCCGCGGGCUAUGUGCACACCUGCGCGGUGGAUGAGGCGACUGAGCUGAUCACCUGCUGGGGAAGCGAUCUGCAUGGCGAGACAGCCGGCCCAGGUGGAAUCUCAACCUUUGACUACGUCACCUCAGGCUAUCAAUUUUCCUGUGCAUUGAGAUCCAGCGACCACAAGGCAGAGUGCUGGGGAUUGGAUGAUUCUGGUCAAGCAUCUCCGCCGGAUGUGGCAUUCCUCACCAUCUCAGCUGGCUAUCGGCAUGUUUGUGGCAUUCAGUUGGCUGACUACCAGAUCCUAUGCUGGGGCUUGAACGACGUGGGCCAAUGCAGCCCCCCUUCUGGAGAGUUCCUCUCCCAGAGUGAUCGUGGCGAGCCUUUGCCCCAUGGCAGCCUCAGCUCUGGCUGGGCGCAUGGCUGUGUCGUGCGCAAGAGCGACCAGGGCAUCAGCUGCUGGGGCGACAACAGCAAUGGCCAGACAGAUGCGCCACAGGACGCUCGCUUCAUACAAGUGUCUGCAGGUCACUACCACACUUGCGGUUUGCAUCAGGUUCUUGCUGGACAAGGGCCAGGUUUGGUGAAGAAUGGCACCGUGCGCUGCUGGGGCCUCGACACCUUCGGCCAGAGCUCACCGUACUCGGCCACUUCCACUCCGUCCGUUGGGUUCGGAGGGAUCGCCCUGGAUGACGACUAUUCCUGUGGAUUGUGCUUUGAUGGGGUGGCCUACUGUUGGGGCAAGGACGACUUCGGCCAGGCGAGCCCACCGACCGACAGCUUCAGCAUCUUUGGUCUUCCGGAUGAGUUUGAGAAUGUCACUUGCCAAAGUGACAGCGCUGCCAGCAGUCAGCGCAUCAAGGGGAUCUCCGGAGCUCGAGAUGCCAGUGCCAGCGCGAGCCUGGUGUAUGAGAGCACCGUGGGCUAUGCGGAGGCUUUCUUAACUUUGACUGGCCUCUCUGAGGGUAGUACCUAUGGCAUCUACUGCACCGUGGAGGAUGACGAAGUCCCGGUGCUCAAUGUGCUGAGCAACAGCGUCAUCGCGGCAGUGGGGAGAGAAGUGACCAUGCCCGACAGGACUGCGCCCCAGUGGGUGGCCGUUCGGUCCGUUGCGCCGGCACACCGGGGAGCUGUUUGGCUGACGGUGGCCAGUGACGAGCCGGUCAAGGCCUAUUGCGUGGCAAGGCGUGAUGGCGAAGCUCCACCCACCCGGAGUGAGAUCCUGAAAUCUUCAUCCUUGGGCUAUGGUGUGUUGAACCUCACCAACUCCAUCCUGCUGGAGAACUUGGCCUUGGAUACCUCUUAUGACGCCUACUGCACCGUGCGGGACCUGGCAGGUAAUUGGGCAGCGGACCAGGUGCUGGCAGAGAGCAAGUUCGAUUUCCAUGUGGCACGUGACCUGGUUCCACCGCAGCUGCUGAGCACCGAGCCUUCUUCUGGGAGUACGGUGGUGUGCGAGGCGGAUGGCUUUGAGGCGGGAUGCAAGACCACCUUGAAGCUGAUUUUCGAUGAGGAUCUCCACCGUGGCGUGGGGAACUUGACGGCCGUGUGUUUGAACAACCCGGGGAUAUGUCUGGACCUCGACCUGCCCAUGGAGACUGAGACCAGCACGCAUGGAAGCUCCAGCAUCUUAUUCAAUGAGCUCACCGUUCACUUCACCACACCCUUGACGGAUGCCUCGAACUUCAAGGUCGUCAUUGACUCGGGGGCCUUGCGAGACAUGUCCGGAAACCCGGUGAGUUUGGAUGAGACCUGCGUAGAUUGGAUCCCUGCCACGGCCAAAGAUGCGCUGCCAGACGCCUGUCUUGGGACCUUCGCCUUCUGGACUCCCUCCUAA